GACAUGACUCCGCCUGGCAACACUAGUGAGGCCUAGCUUGUUUGAGCCAAGAUACAACAUACUAGCCGGAUGCCCUCAUGAAAGGACAGUUUUCUUCCCUCCUCUGUAGUAGGCUGUUAUCACAUGAGGCUCUAUGGAAGAAAUAUUAACAACCUCAAAACUGUGUAGUUCACUUUGAGCUAAACCAAGGCUGUCAUGAUACAUCUUGUCUUUGAAGAUGAGAAUACAAGGUAUUCACAAAAGUAAACACAAGACGUGAAGAGUACUGAAAGGGACCUGUGGUUGCCAAAGUGGCCGGAGAGGAAGCCUGGUCAACAUCCUGUGAACAAUCCUGCAUUGUUUUCCAAAGAUGCUGUUGAAGUUGUCUUAAUUAACUCAGCUUGCCUUCAGUCCACCAAAGUUCUACAUCAUGGGUUGCAUGAAGUCAAAGCAAACGUUCCCAUUCCCUACCACAUUAGACAUUGACAGGCUUAAUGAGAGUGAAGAAGCCUUUAUGACAGAUGGCAGCUGUCAACAGAGGACCCCUUCUCCAGGGAAAACUCAAGCCGAAGAGAAGAAAUUCCCAGAGCCCAGUCCUAUGGUCCUUGAAUUCGCAGAGCGUCUGGCCAAGGAAAUCGUGCAGGAUGCCUUGCAGCAGUGGGCAUGUGAGAACAUCAAGUACUACAACAUCCCAUAUAUCGAGAGCGAGAGCUCUGACACCGCUAUUGGGUGAUGACGUUUCGCUGUGCUCCGGAUGUAGUCGGUGCUAGUUUAAAUACAUGAAAUGAGUUUUGAAACUGCAACUGGAUGUAAAACCAUGUCUGUGAUAAUAUUAGUGUAGGGAUGCUUAUGAUGAAAUAGAAUUUUAAGCAGUUCUAGUUAACAUCAAUGUAUAUCUGCUUGAUCACACAUUUGGGACACAGGAUGGACAGAGGUCUUGUGGCACCCAGCACCCGCUGUCUGCCAUAGCAUGCUCUUCCUGAGGCAGUAACGGCAUCACCAAAGAAAAUGCUGAAUAAAAAGUGCCCAAGUUCCAAAUGGUUAUUUUAAGG